UAUUAUAACCUUGACUUACAAACACUGUCAAAAACAUGAUUAUUUAUUGAAAAAUGUAUAGAUAAUAAAUUCAAGUAGUUUCAUAGUUAUCACGCGCGUGUUUUAUUGCUAUUUAAAUACGAUUUGAUGUAAAAAUUAUCAGUAAUGGAACAAAGUAGAUGUGAGGCACCAGACGGAUGUAGUUCCGAUACCGAAGAGGACCACAAUCUGAACGAUUUAAAAGAGGAAGAACUAAUAGAUCUAACAAUGCCUUUAUUAACCGAAGAUAAAAUGCGAAGAAAAUUGCAAUUCUUCUUUAUGAAUCCGAUCGAGAAGUGGCAGGCGAAGAAGAGGUUUCCUUACAAAUUCAUGAUACAAGUGAUCAAGAUCAUUCUGGUAACGCUACAGCUUUGUUUGUUUGCGAAUAAUCGAUACACGCACAUUAACUAUACGUGGGAUAAUCGCGUUACGUUCUCCCAUUUGUUUCUCAACGGUUGGGAUUCAUCGCGUGAAAUCAACUCGUAUCCUCCGUCGGCGGGACCACUGGCGAUCUAUAAGGUGGCGGAAUUCUUUGAGACCAUUGACUAUGCCUUAGACGCGUAUGUUAAUUUAAACGACACCAUCGGACCUUAUUCGUACCCAAGUGAGAACAAUGAGAUUGUACCUUUAGUGCUUUGCCUCUACAAGUAUAAGAAGGGUAUUAUUUACGGUUUUAACGAAUCGUAUGUGUUCGACGCGACAAUUGUCGAGGAGUGCUUUAAUAUUACGAACGAAUUACGUUCGGCACAGCUCUUUGAGGAUGCCGAGUUUAGUUUUACGGCGAUAAUACGGGCAACUCUGAGUUUUUCGGUGAAAACUGUCAACUUUAGGGGGGCCGGUCCGAUGACCCCGCCUGAUUGUUACAGGUUUGAUAUAACGAUUUACUUUGAUAAUCGAGACCACGACGGUCAGAUGUUGCUGUCGCUGGAUGCUGAACCGAUACGGUUGAUAUGUAAGGGUAAUAUCCACUACGUAUUGGAGAAUACGAUCGAUCGCAUCCUGACCAGUUUGCUGAACGUGUUGGUGAUUAUAAUAUGCACCGUGUCAUUUGUGCUUUGUAGUCGUGCGCUUUGGCGAGCUCAACAGUUGAAGGUGAUCACUAACAACUUUUUCAAAGUAAAUUAUCGCCGGGAACUGAACGAUAGUGACAAGAUGGAGUUUCUGAACAUGUGGUACUUCAUGAUUAUCGUCAACGAUGUCUUGAUUAUCAUUGGGUCUGGAAUUAAGGAACAAAUCGAACACAGCCACUUCACAGCGAAUCAGUGGAAUAUCGGUAGUGUUUUCUUGGGCACGGGAAAUAUGUUGGUAUGGUUCGGGGUGUUGAGAUAUUUGGGCUUCUUUAAAACAUACAAUGCGGUCAUACUAACAUUGAAAAAAGCUGCCCCGAAAGUGGCUCGAUUUUCCCUAUGCGCUCUGAUUAUUUAUGCCGGUUACACAUUUUGCGGAUGGUUAGUUUUGGGGCCCUACCAUAUGAAGUUUAGGUCGUUAUCUACAACAUCAGAAUGUCUCUUCUCACUUGUAAAUGGUGACGACAUGUUCGCAACUUUCUCAAUUAUGGACGACAAAUCUCCAAUGCUGUGGUGGUUCAGUCGGAUGUACCUCUACUCAUUCAUAAGUGUUUACAUUUACGUAGUAUUAAGUUUAUUCAUAGCGGUAAUCAUGGACGCCUAUGACACCAUUAAGGUAUAUUACAACCAGGGUUUUCCAAAAAGCGAUUUACAAGCAUUUAUUGGAGAUACUUCGUGGGAACAAUUAUCCGGUGGUCUCUAUAGGUCCGACUCGAGUGGAAGUUUGGAUGGUCUGUUACAAGAUUUGUGCUGCUGUUGCAAAAAACUGCACAAGUCUUAUUCGUCGUUAAGCAGUUCUAGAGUGUCUCUAAGAAACAAUCCUACAUCAACGGGCAUUCCAGUCUAGUUAUACAUCAAAGUUACCAAUAUUUGUACUAUUUUUGUUAUUUAUUUAAAUAAAACACUUUUCAAUA